CCACAGUAACGCUACAUUCAAACUGAAUUGUCCUGCCAUCUACUACACGAAAUAAUGGCGGUUGGAUAAGACGCGUAGUUUGGUUAAACAUUACAUUGGUAAAAUUAAAUAUUCCCCUUUAAUCGGUAAAAGCGGAAACGUGGAGGCGUCGGUCGACGGUGGCACCACUGUGAAGUUCGCUGUAGUACAGCACGAUGCUGUACUACCGAGCCACGCCCUCGUUCGUUAGUUCCAAUUUUCGUCACCAGGUGGUGAAAGUGAUCCCGCGCUCGUGUAACGCUCUUAGUUUAAACAGUGUUAAUAAUUAAUAAACUAAUUGUUAAGUGGUAAAAAUGUGCCUGCGAGUUCCAUUAACACUCAGGCGUCUCAUCGGAUGAUGGCGUCACUUGUACGAUUUGAAAGAUUCACCAUUUUAAAACUUCAAACAAAGGGGAUAUCAAUCUGCCUGUGGAAAUGAACACUGUCAACUGUUACCUUGGCUGCUAGCGAUCCGGAAGCUGCAACUGGAGGCGCCAGCUUCGACAUAUAGCAUCAACAAGACCGCCGGACUGGUUUCACCGAUUCCAGCUUACAGCCACUGCCACGAGUUCCAGCCGGACGUUAUCGCAGCCACUCGAAUCCACUUCACCACCUUCCUUCCGAGUAUCCAUCGCCUAAAAGUUCAGGUUGUUCCUGACAGUUCUCGUGCCUGAAAGGAAGGAAGGAUCGACAGAAAAGUGACAGGAAGAAGGUUGAACGAGGCUGGAAGAACGAAGGUGAAGGUUGUCGACGAUUUCGAGAUCCGAGGAGGCGAAUCCGACGAUGGAUCUCGCGCUGCUUUUAAUCACGGUUCUUCUCGGACAAGAGGUCGCCGGUCUGGAGUUGCUUCGCAUAAACGUUCCACCGUACUCCCUUAGGGGCAAGAGCGCACUGCUCGAGUGCAGAUACGACCUACAAGAGGACAAGCUUUACUCCAUCUCGUGGUACAAGGAUCACGAGGAAUUCUACAGAUACGUGCCUAGAGGGGAACCUCCGCAGCACAGCUAUCGCGUCGAGGGCGUUAAAGUUGACCACGGUCGGUCCGAUCACCAGCAGGUUUUGCUGCAGAACGUGAGCCUGCAUAGCAGCGGACAGUACAGGUGCGAGGUGAGCGCCGAGGCUCCGAGCUUCCACUCGGUCAGCGCCGAAGCCAGCAUGGAAGUCGUAGUUUUGCCGCAAGAAGGACCGACGAUAACCGGCGAGGAGAAGGUUUACGCCAGCGGCGACGUACUCAGCCUGAACUGCACCAGCGGCAAGUCUCGCCCGGCAGCGAAUCUCAAGUGGUUCAUCAAUGGAGCGCAGAACUGGCGGAGAACACGUUCCGUCGCUUGUUCGUUUCAGGUGAAGCCCGACACGAAAAUGGUGUUCGACCAUCACGGACUCUACUCGGUGAUAUCCAGUUUACGACUCGACUUGGAACCGAAUCACAUCACCGGCGACAAAAUAAACGUAAGAUGCGAGGCGACCGUCGAAUUGGAUUCAAACUCGGACGCGCCGCUCAUCGAGACGCGCACCACGGAAGUUUUCGUUGAGGGACAGGCGAGCGUCGCGACGCCUUCGGUCUACUUGACGUUGGCGACCGCGUUGAUCCUGCGGCUAGCGUCGCUGGCUUAGAGGUACCGAUUUGCCGCGUAUAAAUCGGCUUACGUUCGCUGGACAAACGGAAGAGGAAAGAACGAAGCGGACGAAGAAGAGGAACGCGAAGAAGAAGAAGAAGAAGAAGAAGAUUCUUGGCUAAGCCAAUCGAUCGUUCUCGGCUGGGACGAGGAAAUCGAUGGAAAGGGCAAAGCGGCGCGAACUUGAAUCGCUAAUUGCGAGAGGAUUUCGAGCCGUUGACCGGCUAGUGGGUGCCGCGUUUCGCUGAUCAGCAAAGCUGAAAAAAACUAACGCGAAUAAUCGCGCUUCAGCCGUGAUCGAUGAACACCGCUCUGCUCCAGUCUGACCCGCGAAUUCGCUGGACGCGGAAACGGUAGGGCGCGUUCGCGGAUUAUCGUCUCGUUUUACGGCACGCGACUCGAAAAUACGAUUUACGAGCCUGUAAGCCGAUUAAUUUGUACGAUUCGACGUGGACGCGCGCUCAACAGCGCAAAUGUUUGCCGUGAGCGUAGAAAAUCGAACGAUUCUUUCGCGACACGAUUCGAACGCGAUAUAUACAAUAUAUCCGGAUCGGUUGCCGCGCGAUCAACGAGCCGCCCACUCUCGACGAUCAUCCACCAGCACCCCGUGUUUCUCUCGCAUUACUCGCGCACCCGCGUAGAGCACGCCAUCGAGGAUGUCUACGUGUUACGAGUAUACUCGUUCUCUACCGCUAAGGCUUCGAAAGCUUCCAUUCUAGUCCCCUGUCGUUCGUUGUACAUACCUCUCGGGAACGACGCGGCUCGUUCGCGCGACCGAAUUCGCCAAAACUCCUCGUCCUUCCUUCGUCCCGUUGUGCCGUUCCGCCGUUCCGCCGUUAUGUCUCGUCGUCGUUCGACCUACUCGGUCUCUGUGUUAUACUUUGUACAUAGCCUGCGAUCUAAGCACCCGCCCACUCCCCUGUAUCUACCAACCUUUACCGAUUAGAAACGACUCGAUCGCGUCCAAGCGAACAAGAUUUAUCGUGCUUUCCGUAGAAGUUAUCGUUAGGCAACGAUCGCCACCUCGACGGACGUUUGCGAUGUUUCAUGCGAACGUUACGGCCUGCCACCUAAUCGUCGACAAGGAAAAAAGAAAAAAGAAAAUAUGUUCCGACUAAACUAACGGAUAAAACAUCGCGUACUUGUGUGUAUGGCCUAAUGUAUAUAAUAUAUACACCGAUACAUAUAUUUCGCAUAUUUAGUUAAAUAAAUCGUAUUUCAUUAUA